AUGGAAUGUAUAUUCACAACCCAUUUUAGAGACAACAGGAAUAAAAUAGACAAAGUUAUCCGGCCACAUGAUCAUCUAUACAACAAUGAUUGGCUGGCGACCGAAUCAGACGAGUGUAGCCGAUCAUUAUCUAUCUGCCACGGUGCUCAGGAUCGAUCUAUCCAUCCAUCUGCCACAGUGCUCAGAAUUGGUGUAUCCAUCUAUCUGCCACGGUGCUCAGGAUCGAUCAAUCAUUGCCAUGAUGCAAUCUGUCAUGAUACUCAUUAUUUAUCAACUGUCAUGAUGCCCAGUGCCUAUCUAUUUAUCUAUAUAAUGAUGCUCAGGAUCUAUAUAAUAAUGCUUAACACAUAUCUCUGUGAUGAUGUUCCUGAUCUAUCUAUCUAUCUAUCUACGUGCUAUACUUUUUUCUCAUUUCUGUCUUCCUUUUUCUUUUCAUCUUUUGCCUUUUCUUACGCUUCUUUUUCCUCGUCACUUUACUUUCUUAGGUUUAUUAACGUUUUUGUUCUUUGCCUUUCUAUUUUCUUUAUUACAUUAUAUUUCGUACUUUUGUUUCGCCAUUCAUUCUUUUUGUUUUUGACUCUUCUUAGAGGCUUCUAUUUCCUUUCUCUUAUCUAUUUCCUUUAUGUUCGUCUUCUUUUUCCUUUUUUCUCUCAUGUUUUCUUUCUUUUCGUUUAA